UCGAUUCCUUCCUAUCCUUUCUUCUCUUUUUGUGACUUCACUUUUUGUGCCUUCUCUUUUUGUGCCUCCACCUGUCGCUCCUUACCGCCUGCAAGAUGAAUCAUUGACAUUCGUGUUGCCGUCGCUCGCUCAUUUGACUGGCCCGUCUUCCACUUUUACUUCUCAAAUUGCCACUUGAACGAGACCCUUUCUCCUUCGCGACCGGCCUUCGUACCCACCAUGGCCUUCUUUGGGAGCGGCGGCUCUUCGGAGCGGAGGAAGAGCAGGAAGAUAAAACUCACAAGAAAGGGAAACCCGACGUCGAGGCCGUUUCUGUCGCGCCUCUACGGCCUGGCCACGACCAUAGCCAUGACUCUGGCGCUGAUCGGAGUCAUCAUCUUCCUACACAAGACGCUGCCCGACGGCGCCGCCUCGAGCUUCGACCCGUCGGCCCAGUCGCUUCGGCCCCGCCGCAUGGGCGCCGGGCCGCAUGCCAGAGUUGCAGAGCAGGUAGAGAGGCGGGCGGAGGUGGUCCGGCCGAUAUUCACGGCCCCACGGCUGUCCCUCGGCCUGCUCACGUCGACCGUGUCCUGCACGACAAAGAUCAUACCGGCCAAGAUGGCCAAGCGGUACCAGCAGGUGUCGUGCACCACCAGCUUCUACUUUGUAGCGCCCACGACGACGACGACGACGACGGCCGCGCCGCCGCGCUUCACCGUGAUAAACCCAACCCGCAUUGUGACUUUCCGCCCGCCGCCCCCGCCGCCCACCUCGGGUCCCUGCAUCACGAGCGUUGUGGUGUGUCCGAUAGUCAAGGGACGGGACCUGCAGGGCCGCCAGGCUUGCACCGACUCGUACUUUAGCAUUCCCGGCUGCACGCCGACGACGACAGCCGCGCCCACGACCCUGCCGACGACGACAGCCGCGCCCACGACCAUGCCGACGACCAGCGUGGAUCCGUGCUCAAACACCACUCGCGUCUACUGCCCGGCAGUCGUCGCUCACGUCUGCAUCACGACCGUGAUUGCUCAGACCCGCGAGGGCUGCCUUGUCACCAAUACGACUAGCAUCCCAGCUCCGACCAACUCGACGUCGCUCCCGCCGCCGUCGGUGCCCGUCACGACGAAUUCGACCACCACGGCCACUACGAACACGACGUCGUUCGCGCCAUCGUCGAUCCUGCCGUCUUCAGUUCCCAUCAGCAAUUCUUCGAGCGUCCCGGUGACAAACACGACAUCCUUCCUCCCGUCUUCGGCGCCGCCGUCCUCGAUACCGGCUAGCAACUCGUCAAGCAUCCCGGUAACCAACACGACUUCUCUCAUCCCGUCAUCGGCACCGCCGUCUUCAGUCCCCGCGUCCUCCACCGCGUCUGCUCGGCCGUGCACGACAACAUGGGUCGACUGCCCGCCCGAGAUCGUCAAGCGCGACGAAGAAGACGGUUGCAGCACCGUCACGUCGACCUUUUCAUACUGCCUGCCCAACUCGACGACCACCGCGGCCCCGUCAUCGACGUUCAACCUCACCAGCUCGGCCCCUCCGGUUUCGAGCGCUCCGCCGAGCCGGCCAGCCUUCUCGUCGCUUCCCGCCUUCACCAACUCGUCAAUCCCCGCGUCGUCGAGCAGCAGCAGCGCGCCUCCUUCGUCCACUAUUAUUAUCGUGAGCUCGACCUCGCCGCCGCCGGCGUCGAGCGCGCCCCCGGACCCUAUCUGCAGCAUCACCUCGGUGACGUGCGUGACCACGACCACGGUUGAUGUCAUCUUCCGCCGCGGCGUCGUCACGAGCUGCGACACGUUCUGCUACACGCCCUCGUCGUCGGUUGCCGUCACCGUGGUGUCGAAUUCGUCGUCCAGCAGUGCGGUCCUGUCGUCUGUGUUUUCGUCGGUGUUCUCAUCGGUGCCGCCGAGUGCGGUUUCGUCGAGCGUAGUUUCGUCAGCAGCUUCAUCUCUAGUGUCGUCUUCGUUUCCAACAUCUUCGUUAUUUUCUUCGGUGUUUUCUUCAUCUGUGCCAGCGUCGUCUUCGGCAUUCUCUUCAUCCUCACCAAGCUCAAGCACGGUUUCUUCAAGCCAAACACCGAUUAUCAGCUCAACUCCAAGUGCACAAAGCAGCACUACAAGUAGCACGACAAGUAGCACGACAAGUACCACGUCUAGCUCCAGCUCCGGCUCCAGCUCCAGAUCCAGCUCCAGCUCGGCAGUCACAACGCCUGGAACCACGACAGCCCCGACCACAAGCUACAGCUCAACGACGCCAACUUCAGCAGCAUCAACCACAUCUAUCUCCUUGACCCCUCCAGCCAAAGUCCUGGUCGUCUCAUCGUCAGCCUCGAGCUCGACGGUGACUCCGGUCUCUUCUACCGCUAGUAGCCGCAGCGCCAGCGGCAUCAGCAGCACUAGCAGCACCAGCACUAGCAGCACCAGCACUAGCACCGGCAGCAGCACCAGCAGCACCAGCAGCACCACCUCACCUUCCAGCUCAACACCAAACUCCCUUCCCCCCACCACCACAGCAACAACACCAUCAACCACACACGCCAUCCCCACCGCAGCCUUCGACUCCGCCGCCCCACCCAGCACCACCGCAACACCACUAAUCGCCAUCGCCGGCGGGAACAGGCCAAACAACACCACCAGCAACACCCCGCACGCCAACCGCGAAGGCGACUUCGCCAUCUGGCCGUCCGGCUGGGGCGCGCGGCAAGCGAUUGCAUCCAACUUCGCGCCCGUCAUCGCCGCGCGCGGCGCCACGCUGGUCCUCGGCGCGCUGUACAGCCAGCUAGCGCUGCACGAGCCGGUGCGGCAGCUGGUGUCAGCCUCUGGGAUCUCCGGCGCAGCCCUCGCCGGCUCUUCCUCCUCCGGGUGGGUUUUCGGCGCCGCGGCGGUCGUGGCGCAGCUCGGCAGCGCCUUCGCAGGCGGGGCAUCGUUUGUCGACACGACGUAUUGUCAGAGUGGUCCGGGAUCCGGGGGCGACCUCAACCCGUGCGCGCCGCGCGUCAGCGUGAAUCGCUGGGUGCUGGACGUGCUGGUCGUAGUGUGCGUGGUGCAGCUGGGCGCGCUGGCGGGGGCGGUGGCCAAGUGGUUCCAGAAGCCCGGCGGGCUGGCGGCGGACCCGACGACGAUCGCCGGCGUCGCCGUCGUCAUGGGCCAUCCCGAGGUUGAGAGGUUGUUUACCGCGCUGCCGGGCGACGCGUCGCACCAAGAGCUCAAGGCAGCGCUGCGGGGCCGGCGGUUUCGGUUGGGCGCCUUUAUCACCGAGGCUGGCGUGGAGAAGUACGGGAUCGUGCCGGUGCCGGAGGAGGAGGAGCCAAAGAAGAAGGGGGAUGGGCCCUGGGCGAGGGUUGGCGAGAGGCUGGCGGGGGUGCGUGAGAGGCUGGCGCUGUUCGAGAGCUGGCAGCACAGCCGGCUGUUUUUUGAUAUGCUGUUCGCGGCGCUGCUGCUCGCGCUGCUGGGGCUCGCGCUCGCGGCGCUUGCGAGCGUCGACAACCCGCAGUCUGUAUUCUUUACGGCCGAGUCGGCGGCCGGCGGGCCCGGCGGCACGGCCAUGAAGAUCCUGUUUGCGCUGCUGGGCGUCGCCGUGUCGGCGUACUGGGGCCGGCUGUUCCAGGACACGCAGACAUUCACGCCGUACUUCCCGCUGCGCGAGGGCGAAGCACGGCCGGCGCCGACGAUCCUGCUCAACCGGCACACGAGCCCGCUGUGCGCACUGCUGCCGCUGGCGCGCAACGGGCACGUGGCGGCGGCGUCGGUGGCAUUCACGGGGCUGGUGGCCGAGUUCCUCAUCAUCUGCCUGUCGGGGCUGCCGUACCGGCCGGGGCAGCUGCGGAGUGAGUUUGUGUUCUGCGGCGCGGCGAGCGCGGGCAUCCUGUGCCUGAUGCUCGCGCAGCUGGCCCUCGUCAUGCUGUGGCGCCGGCGGCUACCGCACCUGCCGCGGCGGCCCGACUCCAUCGCCGCCGUCAUGACGUACGUGGCCGGCACCGCCAUGGUGCGCGACUUCUGCGGCCUCGAGAGUCUUAGUACCCGCCGGCGCAACAAGGCCAUCCGCGACAUGGGCAAGGUCUAUGCCUACGGCUGGCGGCGCGGCGCCGGCGAGGAUGGGCGUGCUGUCGUGCGCUGGGUCGUCGACGAGGUGCCCGGCCAGCAGCUCAAGUUGGCCGCUGACAGCUGCGGCGUGUCGGCUCGCUCGCGUCUUAGUGUUGACAGGCCCGAGAGCCGGGACAAGCCUCCCCUUCCCCAGGCCCAGCAGCGCGAGUACGCUUCCGCGCAUGGGUACUACGGCUACGAGAGGCCGGUGUAG